GAUAUUUUACAAUAUUUAUUUAUACCCACAAACUUCUAAAACCCUACUACUACUGAGUACUGACUGAGCUCGGGUUUAAGGAAAAGUUCUCAUCAACACAACAAAGGUUUAAAGAUGGCUUUUGUCAAUAAAAUUGGAAAUAUGCUUAAACAGAUUGUAAGCAGGCACGCGAACUUGGAACUGUGUGCCUCUAGAACAUCACUUUACCAGGCUAUAAGAAGCAUGUCUUCUUCAAAGCUUUUUGUUGGAGGUCUCUCAUGGGGCACUGAUGAAACCUCUCUGAAAGAGGCAUUCUCACAACAUGGUGAAGUGAUUGAAGCUAGAGUUAUUAUGGACCGUGACACCGGAAGAUCCAGAGGAUUUGGCUUUGUUAGUUUUACGUCAACUGAAGAAGCCGCAAGUGCAUUGACUGCCUUGGAUGGCCAGGAUCUCCAUGGGAGACAGAUAAGGGUUAAUUAUGCCACAGAAAAGCUUCGUGGCAGUUUUGGGGGUGGUUAUGGUAGCGGUGGCGGAUAUGGUGGGGGAGAUGGAAGUUUUGCAGGUGCUGGAGGUUAUGCAUCCAGCAAUUAUGGAGGUGGUGGUAACUACGGUUCCAACAACAGUUAUCCUACAGGUGGUGGCAACUAUGGUGGAGGAGUGCGGUAUGGUAAUGGUGAAGGUGGCAAUGAUGCUGGAGGUGUCAGACAAGGCAGUUUUGGCGGUGGAUAUGGUGGUGGGAAUAGUGGAAAUUACAAUGCUGAUUUCACUCAGGGUAUGGUGAACAAUGGCGUCGAAGAACAGCUUAGUGCAGACCAAGGGACUGAAUCUGUAAACAGUGAUUUCACACCGGGUGCUGAAGGAAGUUACAGGGAUGACGAUGAUGAGCCAAAUGGCUAUGCCAACUCCAGGGGUUGAUAAUAUGUCCUUUCAUGCCAUUCAAGAACUUCGCUUCCGGCACGUACAUGUUCAGAACAUGUGUUGAGGCAACAAAAGUAUAUUCUAUUUCCAGCAGGCUACUGAUUGCGUAGUUUAUCUAGUUUUAUGUAUGUGUAGGAUUAAACUGUAACUUAUUUUACCAUCUUUGUUCUUUCUUUUCAAACGGUGUUCAUUUUGGAGCUCUCCAAAUACCGAUUUUAAGCAUUGUGCAGUGCUAAUCUUUUGCUACUCUUUCGUUUCUUUAGAUGCUUAGUGGUGUUCGCAAAGUGUAUGAUUAUAUGAUCAUGAUAGAAGGGGAUUGUAUUA